UGCCGCCCGAGCCGAGCCGAGCCCGACCCGCGGACGACCCCGCCGAAGCUGUGCCAGGAUGUGCGACGACGAGGAGACCACCGCUCUUGUGUGCGACAACGGCUCCGGGCUGGUGAAGGCGGGCUUCGCUGGGGAUGACGCGCCCCGUGCCGUCUUCCCGUCCAUCGUGGGCCGCCCGCGCCACCAGGGAGUCAUGGUGGGUAUGGGUCAGAAGGACUCCUACGUGGGUGAUGAGGCCCAGAGCAAGCGAGGUAUCCUAACUCUCAAAUACCCCAUUGAGCACGGCAUCAUCACCAACUGGGAUGACAUGGAGAAGAUCUGGCACCAUACCUUCUACAACGAGCUCCGCGUGGCCCCUGAGGAGCACCCCACCCUGCUGACUGAGGCCCCACUGAACCCUAAGGCCAACCGUGAGAAGAUGACUCAGAUCAUGUUUGAGACCUUCAAUGUCCCUGCCAUGUACGUAGCCAUCCAGGCGGUGCUGUCCCUGUAUGCUUCUGGCCGUACCACAGGCAUUGUUCUGGACUCUGGGGAUGGUGUAACUCACAACGUUCCCAUCUAUGAGGGCUACGCUUUGCCCCAUGCCAUCAUGCGUCUGGAUCUGGCUGGUCGGGAUCUCACUGACUACCUCAUGAAGAUCCUCACUGAGCGUGGCUACUCCUUUGUCACCACUGCUGAACGGGAAAUUGUCCGUGACAUUAAAGAGAAGCUGUGCUAUGUUGCCCUGGAUUUUGAGAAUGAAAUGGCCACGGCCGCCUCUUCCUCCUCCCUGGAGAAGAGUUAUGAGCUGCCUGAUGGCCAAGUCAUCACUAUUGGCAAUGAGCGCUUCCGCUGCCCUGAGACACUAUUCCAGCCCUCCUUCAUUGGUAUGGAAUCUGCUGGCAUCCAUGAAACAACUUAUAACAGUAUCAUGAAGUGUGACAUUGAUAUCCGCAAGGACCUGUAUGCCAACAAUGUCUUAUCUGGAGGUACCACCAUGUACCCUGGUAUUGCUGAUCGCAUGCAGAAGGAAAUCACUGCCCUGGCUCCCAGCACCAUGAAGAUUAAGAUUAUUGCUCCCCCUGAGCGUAAGUACUCUGUCUGGAUCGGGGGCUCCAUCCUGGCUUCCCUGUCCACCUUCCAGCAGAUGUGGAUUAGCAAGCAAGAGUAUGAUGAGGCAGGCCCGUCCAUCGUCCACCGCAAAUGCUUCUAAGGUGCCUUCUCUCUUAGUCUACCUUACAUUCAGGAUGACAGUAUUAUGCUUCUUGGAAUCUUCCGAACCACCCUCCCUUAUCUCUCAUCAAUCAUUGUACAGUUUGUUUACACAUGUGCAAUUUAUUUGUGCUUCUAAUAUUUAUUGCUUUAUAAAUAAACCAGACCCGGACUUGCAACAUA